AUGAAGCGAGAGGUGCCUCAGGAGCACUCUCACAACGCACAGGUCGCGAGUGUCAAUACAAACCUCAAGUUGAACAAUCCGGACAACAUCGUAGAUGCCAUCUUCGGUCUUCUGGGUAAUGCUGCUGGGGCUGCUGGACAGGGCGAUAUCACUGAUACUGACUGCCUCCAACAAGCAACCGCCGACCAGGCCUUCACUAACGCUAAAGCCGCCGGCGACGUCCAAGGCAUGACCGAUGCCCUUAUCUACCGCGGCCUCGAACGCAAUACUGGCAGUGUCGGCCUCGCCAGCGUCCUCUGCACCUCCGUCAAAGCAGUUAAUCCCGAAAUCGCCGCCAUCUCCCAGCAUCAAGAUCCGGCCUCCACUGGCGCCGCCGCAACCAACAAGGCUAUCACCCUCGAAAUCGCUAAGCAGAUCGCCUCUAUCGGCGGCAACCCCCAGGACGCUCUCAAGGCCGGCACGUUUGCUCCAGGAAAGAUCGGUGACCCCACUGCCGCAGGCAACACCUGCGAUACCGCCGACGACACCGCCGGUUGCAUUUUUAGCCAAAACCUUAUCGUCGAAGACGCAACGGCCGAUGAGAUAACUGCGGCCGUUGCGGGUAUCGCUGCUGGUGGCGCCGCGCCGGCCGCUGCGGCCAACAGCACCGCGGCGUGUCCUACCACCCCAUCUGCCAAUGAGACUGCCCCCGCUGCCGCAGCAUCAGCAUCAGCAGCUCCCGCUGCACCUGCAGCUACGACGGGAGCCUCCAAACUCGAUUUUGGCUCAUGCUCUAACCCGACUAUCGUGUUUGGCCCCGGAUUUGACGGCCGUAAGGAAGACUCGUUCGAGCCGGCUGAUACCGCGACUUUCACGCAUGGGUCGGCGUUGAAUAUUGGGGUCAUAUCGGACUUUAUUUGCCAGCAACUGGAUACAAAAUGUAAGGCUGGACAGGACGCUCUUGAUGCUUGCACGCAGACUCAGACUGCUUCGGCGGCGACGACGGGGCAGGCGGCGGCGGAUGCGUUCAAUGCUGCGCUGGGCUUUGGGGCUGCGAAGGCGAAGCGCGUGGCGAGGGCUCCGACGAUGGUUCAAGCGAGCCGUCUUCGUAUUUGA